UGAUGGUAUAUGCCUGCUACCACCAACACUACGUCGGUUCAUAACGUGUACUAUGUAUGCAGAUCAUCGUGCAUCCACUAGAUAUAUAGAAAUACAUACGGACGGGACGUCGUGUAUUCACGUGAAUCUAACAAGAGGCGGCUAGGCCAUCCAGCGCAUAGUCCGCGAUAGUGGUGUGCAAAAUUGAGCAUCUUUGCAACAUAGGUUGGCAAUUUAACGCUGAGAAGCCAAAUCUAAAAUACAUUUUUAGAUUUUGCUUCUGCAUCCUGUAUCGGACACACGCCUUUUUAACAGCAGUGGUGCCUGCUUUUCUUUUCCCACAUCGAAACGGUGCUUGGCGUGUUCCAGUCAUGAUGGUCAUUCAAAUACGAAAAGCUCGUCUGAUUUCUUUGGGGGUUAGUUUUGCGGUUAUUGUGAUGUGUCUAGUUGUUUUAAAUCAUCAUUCAGCUUACGAUGAGGGGAAAAAUGAUCACGUGUCAUCACGACCCACAGUCUGCGUCGACGGUCACGACCAUUGGACCAACAACAUGAAACCAACCGCAUCGAUGUCGGCCGAAGAGAUGUAUCGAUAUUUGCACUGGACCAACAGCACUUCGUGCCAACUGGCUAUCGAUUUCGGACUACGGAUCGUUAACGAUAUAAAACUGGGCGCAUCCGACGGCCACAAAGCCGUAUGCUUCGAUAAGCACAUCACACCCGAUUUCGGCAAUUGCGUGGUCUAUUCUUUCGGCAUCAACAACGAGUGGACGUUCGACGAAGCCAUGGCCCAAUUCGGCUGCCAAGUAUACGCUUUCGAUCCAUCGAUGAACGUCAGUGCUCACGAUCGAAGUGAGCUCAUCCAUUUCUACGAUAUCGGUCUGGAUGGCCAAGAUAGAUUGCAUCCUACCAAAGGAUGGAGAAUGAAAACGGCUUCGUCCAUCUACGAAAUGCUGGCAAGUCGACACGGAGCCUCGACGCUCAUCGACAUCCUCAAAAUGGAUGUCGAAUUCUCCGAAUGGGACGCCAUACCGGAAAUGGUGCAAUCCGGUUUUUUGGCAGACAAAGUCAAACAGCUGGCUGUCGAGAUCCAUUUCAAAGCUGACGAUCCCUUGGACGUUUUCCGCCACCGGGUUCAAAUUCUCAGGAAUCUAGAAGCCACCAAUCAAAAUCAGGUUGGAGGAGGAUUUGUUCGGUUCAGUUCGCGGCCUAAUCCGUUUCUGCAGAGUCCUGUACAGGUAUUAGGAAACAGGGAAGGCUCUAUCGGACUGGAGUUGGCUUGGUACAACCCCAAAUACUAUUGAUUCAUCAAUCGUUAACGUUAUAAUGAGAGAGUGUACUGUAUUCCAAUUGCUUUUGCUGUUGAAAUUCAAGCAGCUUUUCGCUCAGUACAUGAUGUUGUUACAAAAAUACAUUAGGCCUACAUGUAAAAGAACAUUGGCUUUUUUAGGAAAGAUAAGCAAAAAGCGAAAUUGUUUUCCCUGGAAACUAUAGUGUGGCAAAAUGUAUUUGACUUUGGCAAACAUAGACGGUGUAUAUGAUGUUAAA